AAAUCCACAAUUUGUUUUCUUGUUCCACCAGAUACAGACAUAAAUAAAUACAUAGAGAGAGACUCUAAAAACCUCCACCAUUUUUUUCAUUUCUCUGUUUCUUGAUUUUUUCUGAUCAUAUGGGUGCUAAUGUAUCUUCCAUUGACACAAAUUGUGAUGAUGGGUUGAAUUAUCUGCCAUUUAAGCCUAAGCUUGAUGAUAUACCAGAGGCUUGUGUUGCUCUUCUACUUUCAUACCUUGAUCCACCUGAGAUCUGCAAGUUAUCACGUAUUAAUAGGGUGUUUCAUGCUGCUUCAUCUGCUGAUUUUAUUUGGGAACCCAAAUUGCCCUCUAAUUAUAACUAUAUUCUUCAACAAUUGCUUGCCCUCAAAGUUGAUGAUGCCCUCUGUAAAAAGGACCUUUUUGCUAAGCUUUCUUCUCCCAGGUCCUUUGAUGGUGGCACAAAGCAAGUAUGGAUUGACAAGAAGAAUGGAGGGGUUUGUUUGGCAAUUUCAUCUAAAGGAAUGGCAAUUACCGGCAUCGAUGAUCGCAGAUACUGGAAUCACAUUCCGACCGAUGAAUCAAGAUUCCAAACUGUAGCUUAUCUUCAACAAAUCUGGUGGCUUGAAGUCGAUGGGGAUCUCAAGUUCCAAUUCCCAGAAGGGACAUAUAGCCUCUUCUUCAGACUUCAGCUUGGUAAGGCGACAAAGAGGCACAAACGUCGUGCCUGUAGCUAUGAGCAUGUUCACGGCUGGGACUUAAAACCUGUCCAGUUUCAGUUAACAACAGGGGAUGAUUGUCGUGUGACAUCCCGGUGUUAUCUGGACAAUUUAGGAACUUGGAUGCAGCACCAUGUAGGAGAUUUUGUUGUUAAGGAUGCCACUGUUCCAACAAAGAUGAAAUAUUCAUUGACACAGAUAGAUUGUACACAUACAAAAGGUGGUCUGUGCGUUGAUUCUGUGUUAAUAUGCCCUAGUAGCUUAGCUAAACAAUUAACUUCUUGUUGAUUGCUUUACAGCCAUUAGUUUUGUAUAUACUCCGUUUUCUCCUCAAAAGUCCCUUCUGCUUUCUAGUCGUUUCUAUUUAGCACCUAGAGCUUCAGUUUUUUUU